AUCUGUUGGCCCUAUCCAACAGGACGACCAUCGCUUUGCGAGUCUUGGCGCUUUCGGCUUUCUCAACUAUUUCCCUCGUCCUCAGCAAUUUUACCUGUCUGUGAAAUUGACUCAAAUCACUCUCUCGAGCCCGUUUGCUUGUCAAGUUUGGCGCUCCACCUUCGCACACUAUGGCAUUCCCUACGCUGGGAUGAUAUCCUUCAAGUACCAGGACCUGAAGGUCCUCCUCUUGUUCGCAUACUGAUGCAGGUCUACCUUCCUGGGGUUGCAAUUCCUGCGAGCGGCACCCGCGACCGUCGUUAUCGUAAUGAAGGUGUCGGCAAAGCAAAGCGAGACAACGAUAACGAUGGCGAAGAGGAAGACGAUGAAAAUGGUUCCAUUUCCGGCGCUGUUAAGGCCUCUGGAGAGAGGAUCACUAAGACUGAUUGGGACGACGAGCUCGAUGAUAGUUCCCAGGCUGGAGGGCCUGAUAUCUUACGAUUGGACGACGAAGCUAUAGGUUGUAUUGGUCGUGAUGGCUUUGGCCGACCGUGCCAUCGAGAACGAAUCGAAGCAUCAGGUUGGGGUCGUCCUGAAGGCAUUACAGAACGCCGAAUUAUAUCCAUUAAGCCAAAUGUAAGCCCUCUUCCCCGACUGCAUCACUAA